UUGGUCCUGUCGCAGGGGAGUAGAGAUGUGUUAUUUGGUUUGUGGGGAGUCAUUCUAACCAAGCUCUGUGUAGUCAGCCGAGAGCACAUGACCACAGUGAUCCUUUUUCUGCACACUGACGGAGCCCAAAACAGCAGUCAGCGGACCCCACUGCCGUUCUCGUCUACCCUUCUCAGCCUCAAGAAUAACCAGGGAGCUUGGAUUUCCACCGAUAAUGUGAGGUCAUCUUCACAACUAGGGACAAUUACUCCAUUAUCUGUCAAUUUUACUGAAGAAACAUGGAAAACCUCACACCGGAGCAAUGGCGGGAGAUAGUGAACAAGAAGAUGCGCUUCCCUCUGGAGCUGAUCAGUGCCAUCCAGGAGGGGAACAUAGUGAUGGUGUGUGGCCUGCUGAAUACUGGUGACGGUAUCAUCCGCCAGCUGGACGACUCCGAGGACCGGCUGUGGAGAGAGGCCCUGAACCUGUCCAUCCGCCUGGGCAACGAGGAUACCAUGGACGCCCUCCUCCAGGGCAUCAAGUUUGACUUUCGCCAGAUCCAUGAGGCUCUGCUGGUUGCCGUGGACACCAACCAGGCCCGCGUGGUGAAGAGGCUCCUCGACCGCCUGGACCAGGAGAAGGGCAACAAGAUGGAUGUGCGAUCCUUCUCCCUGGCCAUCUUCGACCACUCUAUCGAUGACUCGCAGUUCGCCCCAGGCGUGACCCCGCUGACCCUGGCCUGUCAGAAGGACCUGUAUGAGAUUGUCACCAUGCUGACCCAGAAGGGCCACAUCAUCCCACGGCCACACAAGAUCUCCUGUGCCUGUCUAGAGUGUAGGAACGGGCGGCAGUAUGACCUGCUGAAGUUCUCCCUGUCUCGCAUCAACACCUACCGUGGCAUUGCCAGCCGGGCCUAUCUGUCCAUCACCUCAGAGGACGCCAUGCUCAGUGCCUUCGGCCUCAGCAGGGAGCUACGCAAACUCUCCAAGAAGGAACCCGAGUUCAAGCCUCAGUACUUGGGUCUGGAGGAGCUGUGCCAGGAGUUUGCGGUGGAGCUGCUGGGGAUGUGCCGUAACCAGAGUGAGGUCACCACCAUCCUGAACAGCUGUGGAGAUGAAAGCCAGGACGCCCUUGACCAGCAGGCCUUCGAGGAGGGCAUCCCCAACCUGACCCGCCUGAGGCUUGCCGUCAACUGCAAUCAAAAACAGUUUGUAGCCCACCCUAUCUGCCAGCAGGUGCUGUCCUCUAUUUGGUGUGGGAACCUGUCUGGCUGGAGAGGCAGCAAGACAACCUGGAAGCUGCUGGUGUCUGUGGGGAUCUUCUUCACCAUGCCCCUCCUCUGCCUCGUCUACUGGAUUGCACCCAAGUCCAAGGUGGGAAAGAUACUGAAGAUUCCGGUGAUAAAGUUCCUUCUUCACUCUGCCUCCUACAUGUGGUUCCUCAUCACAUUGUUGGGAGAGUCCAUCACCAUGGAGUUGUAUAGAGAUCAGUUUGCUUCGCGUCAGCAGAAUAUUCUGCACAGCUCAUUCCACAUGGUGUGGGUGGUCGGGUUCUUCUGGUAUGAAUGUAAGGAGGUGUGGAUUGAAGGUCUGCGGAGCUACUUCCUGGACUGGUGGAACUGCAUGGACAUGAUGGUACUCAGCAUGUACCUGGCCUCCUUCACUCUGCGCGUCCUCAUCAUGCUAAAAGGUCACUUCCUGUGCCAGGCCCCUGACGGGACUGAGGAGUGUGCCUACUUCACCCAGACUGUGCGCCAGGACUGGCAUCAGGAGGACCCCCAGCUCAUAGCUGAGGUACUGUUUGCAGUGACCAGUAUGCUGAGCUUCACCCGCUUGGCCUACAUCCUGCCUGCACAGGAGUCCCUGGGUACACUCCAGAUCUCCAUAGGGAAGAUGAUCGAUGACAUGAUGAGGUUCAUGUUCAUAUUGAUGAUUAUUGGAACUGCUUUCCUCUGUGGUAUCAAUAACAUCUAUGUUCCUUAUGUCACCCAACCAUAUCUUGGAAGGUUUAACGAGACUUUUCGUUUCCUGUUCUGGACCAUGUUUGGGGUGGCCAACCAGGACUAUGUGGACAUGCCUGAGUUUGUGGUUGCAGAGUUUGUGGGCAGAAUCCUUUACGGCAUCUUCACCCUGGUGAUUGUGAUCGUGCUGCUCAACAUGCUCAUUGCAAUGAUCACCAACUCCUUCCAGAAGAUUGAGGAUGAUGCUGAUGUUGAGUGGAAAUUUGCCCGAUCCAAGCUCUAUCUGAGUUACUUCCGAGAAGGUCUCACUAUGCCUGUCCCCUUCAACAUCAUCCCCUCACCUAAGGCCUUUUUCUACCUCAUACGGGGUAUUUUUCGUAAGAUCUGCUGCUGUUGUACUUUGAACUCGACACCAGACUAUCCCCCCAUAACCUCCAUGUCGAACGGGAAGGAGAUGGAUGGUGGAGGGUCGGGGGAGAACCAGAUACCUUAUCGCCAGCAGGUGAUACGGGCUCUGGUGCAGCGCUACAUUGAGUCUGAACGUCGGAAGUUUGAGGAGACCAAGAGAAAAGAUGUGGGUAAUCGGAUCACAGAGCUAAACAAGGUGGUGGGCAGGCUGCAUGCUGAGAUGAAGGCCAUCAUGCAGGUUCUGGUGGACUCUGGCCAGGCUGCAGGAGACAUCCCCAACACUGAUGGCUCAUCCAUCCUGGGGAAAUACAUAAUGGGAGCCAAGAACAACUUCAGGGGGUUCGACAACAGGCUGGACAACAAACACACACCUCUACGGGUGACUGUGGAGAUGGGACAAGAGGGAAAAGUGGCGGAAGAGAAGGCUGGAGCAGUGGUGAUGCUAAAUGACGAAGGGAUGGAGGUGGAACACGACAGAAAGGUGGAGAUAGGAAAGGAUGGAAGGACAGCAAUGGGACUAGACAAAAAAGUGGAGAUGGAAAAGGAGGCUAAGGAUGGAGAGAUGGUGGUCAAACAGGAAGUAAAGGUGGAUGUGGGGCUAGAUGGAGCAGAGGGGACGAAGCAGGUAGGAGACAUGGAUGUUGUGAAGAUGGAGGAGGGGAGAGCUGAUGGAAGGAAGGGAGAGAGAAGGGCGGAGGAGGUAGUGAAGGAGUCGGAGCAGAACAUGGAAAAUGGAGAAAAGGGAGAGGUAAGAGAGCACAAGAUGGAAAGGAGAGGAGACAGUGACGGGAAGGGGGAGAAGGGGAUAAAUAAGGCACGCAACAAUGAGACGGUGGAGAAAAGGGUGGAGGGAGAGUCCAGUCCGGGUAAGGCAGAAGUAAGGAUGGAAGUGAAAGACAAAGGGAAAAAGGUAGAUAGCAGUGUGAAUAAUACAAUCGGGGACAAAGGAGUUGUAGGAGGUGACAAAACAGUUAAUGAAAUGGGAGGAUGUGGGAAUGAAAGUAAAGUAGACAUGGGACUGGAAGAUGUGAAAGAGGUAGAGAGGAAGGUCAAAGCGAUGGAACUAAAGGAGAAAAGAGUGGUGGGGAAGAUCAACGUGGCAGAGAGGUGGAAUAAGGGGGAGGGGAGGGCAGUGGAGGAGAAUGUGAUUGAAAAGAAGGCUGCCAAGGCUGGCAUGGUGGUGGUGGAGAAUACUGCCAGGGCUGGGGUGAAUAUCCUGGGGGAGAAGGUGGUUCCUUCCCCGACCGGUAGCAGCAGCUCACAGGACACUGGCUUCGGCUCACAGGAAGGGGAGGGGUCCAUCAAUGGAGGACCAAUGAGACCCGCAUAUCUGAGUGCAUCAUCUCCAGAUUAGAGGUGUCAGCCAGUUAGCAUUGUUUCAGUCAAAUCCAUAGUACAGUAAUUGGUUGACCACAGGAGAUGUUUUACAUCAACGCAGCAAUAUACACUUGCAGUUGGUAGCAUAGGAACAUUUCGCUGUAAAAGGAGGUACAAACCAUUCGAAGGCAUGUAUACUGAACAAAAAUAUAAACGCAACAUGUAAAGUGUUGAAUGUUAAUUUCUCUACCAUAAGCCACCUCCAACGUCGUUUUACAGAAUUUGGCAGUGUGUCCAACCGGCCUCACAACCGCAGACCAUGUUUAACCACGCCAGCUCAGGACCUCCACAUCUGGCUUCUUCACCUGCGGGAUGGUCUGAGACCAGCCACCCGGACAACUGAUGAAACUGAGGAGUAUUUCUGUCUGUAAUAAAGCCCUUUUAAGGGGGAAAACGCAUUCUGUUUGGCUGUGCUUGGCUCCCCAGUGGGUCGGCCUGGCUCCCAAGUGGGUGGGCUUAUGCCCUUCCAGGCCCACCUAUGGCUGCGCCCAGCCCAGUCAUGUGAAAU